GAGGGAGGGAGAGAGAGGGGGAGAGACCUGAGGCGCUUGGAGAUCGGAGGUUCAUCCUCACGGACUGAGGCGCACGUCGUCGCUCCAAAGCAGAGAAGCUCAGACGUCCUCGCGGACCCCUGAAGUGGAUUUUAUCUGCACCUCCAAACACUGCUUCGUUUUGCUUUCUCCCUCCGCGUGUUUCCCAAAGUUGGGAUUUUUCCUCUUGGAGCUGGUUUUGACGCGUUUGGUUUGGUGAAGAUGCGUCGAGGCGCAGCGGUGCUUCUCCUGUUGGUGGUGGCCGUGCACGUCCUGCGCACAGAAGCCUAUAAGUGCAGGUGCACCAGAAAAGGGCCGAAGAUCCGAUACAAGGACGUGCAGAAGCUGGAGAUCAAACCCAAACAUCCCUUCUGCAACGAGAAGAUGAUAUUUGUGACGAUGGAGAACGUGGCUCGGUUCAAAGGGCAGGAGUAUUGUCUCCAUCCCAAACUCCAGAGCACCAAGAACCUGGUCAAAUGGUUCCGCAUUUGGAAGGAUAAGCACAGAGUUUAUGAAGCCUAGAACCUCGGCACACGUGAGGCAGAAGACAUCAAAUCCACCCGGACUGUUGGUUUUUGUUGCAAAGUACAGGAUGUUUUCUGCUUUCAAACUGUACUUGUUGCCCUCUUCUGAGAUCUGUCAGCGUCUGCUAUCUAUAUACAGUAUAUCCAUGUAUAUAUACAUAUAUAGGUAUAGUUAGUCACUCACCACUCCCGUCUUUACAACCAGAGUAAUAAAGUCAAAUAGUGUGAGGGGGGCCGCCAUCCGUGUUCACUGACUCGAUGGUUUGUCCAGUUCUUACUUAAACAAACUUCUCUUUCCAAGUCAAGAAUGUGUCAAUGUGAAGAAGCUUCCGGUCUCAAAAGGUUAAAUACAGAGAGGGUGUUUCCGUUGUUCAGACUUUCAGUGCUCCGUAUUCACCGGGACACCUUCAGGAGUCCAGAUGAAGCUCCUCAAUAAAUCAGACUCUACAUUUUCAGUGUGUGGUGACGUAUAAUACGUAUAAUAAGUCGCUAUUGUUCAGUCAGGGCGAGACGCUCUACCACUGUGUGUGUGUGUUUGCCAUGCCCAUGGUACUCAUGUGUGUCAAACAAACAGUAAUCAGCUUCACCAAUUCUGUAAAAUAUUGUCCAAUUAACAGUCAGAGAGUAGUUUAAAUAGAUAUUAAAGAAUGCAAAUAGUUUGCAUCUGUGGAUUUUGACCUUUGAAGUUCAUUAAAAAAACUCAUUGUCUCAACUCAUGUCAUUAAAUAGAGUGAGAAAGCCACACUGUCUUAAAAUAAAUGUGUAAUGAAGCAAUAUGUCAUAGAAACUGCCCCCAUGACCAUGAUGGUGAUAGUCGACAAAUAUCCCAUGGGAAUAUUCUAAAUCAAUUAAGUCAGUCAAUUAACACUUUUACAUUUAUAUAAAAGUAUUCAGGAAUUACUGCUGACAUUCUCAAAGAUACAUCAGGCAUUAGAUACGUCAAAUGCUCAUUAUGGGAUGGAUUCACUGUUGCUGUUCUUUCUUUUCAUUUUUUCCUUCAUUGACAAUAACAAAACUGAGAAUAUUAUGAGACAAUUUAAAUGGGCUGUAAACUGUGUCAUUAUUUUAUGGUGAUGAUAGUCUGCUCCUUUACCUUCGUAUCUUUCCUCAUGUUCAUCUCUUCAACAAUAGCUGUACAAUGAUUCUAUGCUGUGGAUGCACUUGGUAACAAUGACUGUUGGCUGUUGUUUGUUUUGUAACCAAACAGAAUUCACUCACAACUAUGUCUGCAUAUAUACAACAUCACCACGUCAUCUUUACCUUUUGAGCAACGUGUUUUACUAUUGUUUUAUAUCUUAAAUAUCAGCAUACAUAGAGAAGCAUUUUGUAAAAGAACCAGUAUAGCCCAUAUGUUAGUGAGAAUGCAUUCAUCUUUAGACUACAGCAUUAUGUAUAUUGAAUUACUGCAUUAUAGUUUUUUUUUUUUCCCGCUAUUUAAAUCUUGGUUUGGUAACAAAUAUUUCGAGGGUGAAUGUUUGGACCCGACUCGUCAAACACACAGCUAAACAUUCCUUUGAGUGUAAAACAAUAAACGCAGCAAUAAAGUGUCUAUAGAGCA